UUUUCGGUAUUUGAAGUUUUGUUUCAGAAACCAAAACGAAAAAACGAUAUUUAAAAGAAUUUUCAUUUUUUUAAUUUUUGAUAAAGAAUAAAAUGGGCGAAAAUAACUUGUUUUUUCAUUCGGUGGUAACAAAUAGCCGUCAUACACUUAAAAUUAGACGUGCUUUUUUGGAUUUCUUCGUGAUUCAAAUAAUGAAAGUAUACUAGCGCAAAAACAAAAAAAUAGACGCAUUUUCAAUGUCUGAAACGGGAAGUACUUCUUCUGCGCGUUUUUUUAUGGCGCGCGCACACCGUCCCCCACACAAGAGAUCGACGGCCUUAAAGUUACACUGGAAUAAACAGAGGAUGGACCAUUACGUUGUUUUUAGGAAAACUAAGAGAGUGACACUCCGGGACGAAGACAUGACUGCAGAAAAACUGGGUCGCAUCUUUCAGGUAUCCGCGCAUACUCUGUACAUCACGGAUGAUUCAAACGUGGCUAUGUUCCCCGGUGCGGUCUCUGGUGUUUUCAGCGCAUUAGACCUUACACCCAGAGGUCACUAUGAAGUCCACGGAGAAGACAUGGAGUCAAUUCCAACAGCAGGUUCCAGCGGGCAGCGUUUUGCAUUUAUGCGAGCACCAGCUGUGGCAGCGUCUGCACCUUCACGUUCACAGCAGGCUACUUCAAGUUCCCCUAUGUCCUCCAAAACAUUUCAGAGAUCAGUGUACUUUGCAGAUGUAGUUGGUGGGAGGUUGAUUCCCAAUAGAAUGGUGGUUGUACGAUUCCUGGAGUCUGAGGCUACGCUUCAAGGGAUAGUAGGAAAAGUGCAAGAUGCCAUUGGUAAUUACAACCCAAUAAUUUUGACAGAUGCACAGGGCAAUGCAAUUCUGGAGUCGGAGGGCACAACAGGGUCACAGUACUGGAGACAAAAUGCACGAAAAAUUCUUGCUGUGCCUGAACAAGACUUUAAUUGCCUCCAGGGAACAAAGAGGAAGAAACUGAGCAGCCGUAAAGAUGAUGACAGUGCCAGUUUGGGAGAAGUGAGUGACAAAAUAGAAGAGUUGGUGUUGGCAUCUCAAAGUCUGCCAGCUGUCACAGCAGCAAUCAAAGAGCUCACUGAUCUUGCAGUUGCCCAGAAAGUCACAACCCCCAAGCUGCAGACACUCAAGGAGGGAUUUAGCUGCGUGGUUUGUAUGAACAUCAUUGAGGAUCCAGUGUUCUCACUGUGCUGCAGAAGCAUUAUUGGCUGCAAGACAUGUGUGGAACAGUGGCAAGAGACAUCACAGCACUGUGCAAAAUGCAGGGAGAGUAACAACGGAGUUCUACAAAUUACUGGUCUAACAGCUGCAUUUUCUGUAUUGAAAUCUUUUUUUGCAGAGGAGUAAUGUAGUGUGUACACACAAAUGUUUACAGUCAGUUGAUUUUUUUUUUUGUCUGUUCUGUACAGUUUACAGAUGCAGUGGUUCAUACAUUUCUCUGAGUUAUGUUUAUGAGACAGAGCAGAGCUUCUUUGUAUGGCAUAAAGUCACCAUUUACGGCUCUAAAAAACAAAUGUGAAAUAUCAGGAUAUUUUUCUGCAAAAUGACUCUCUGUUCUAAGUUUGUCCUGUUCGGUUGUGAAGGGAUCAACUCCAAAAGUCGAAUAUUCUUUGAGUGCAGAUCCCAAGUGCUGCCUGUAAAGGUCUGCUGCUUCAAGUGCAUUUGGCAAGAGCUCUGGAGAAAUUCUUCUUUUACACCCAUGUUCUGCAAAGUGAUUUGGUAUGCCUUUUCCUGUAAAAAAUAGAGGAGGUGUUUAAAUGUUCAUUAUCAGGGUUGUAAGCAAUCUGACUUUUUUUUUUUUUUUUUUUACCUGGGAUUCUAUGAGCAUUCCAUGAUUCUACCACACUUGCAAGACCAAUGUUACACAGCUGACAGGUUAGAUUGGACACACAGUAUCGCACAAGGUUAUCCUCCAUAUCUAUCUCCUCCUGGUCCAUCAGCUGGAGUAGGGCAGUUUUUAGUGGGUAGUUGACACGGUUGUUGAUUUCAGGCCAAAUCCUUUCAACUGUGUGGUUCUAAAAGAGUUAAAAGAAACAUGUCUUAAAUGUACGUAGUAGUACACGUAAUAGUAUAAGAAUUUCAGCUGAUGUUAAUGGUACUUAAAUCUUACUCUUGUGGAUGAGGUCUGUAAAUAAGGCAGUCUCUCCUGAUUGAAGCGAUGAUGUGACAGCAUCUCUUGCAUGAACAGUGUUAAAUAAAAUUCCUUUCCAUGGUCUACUCGCACCUGGUCCCACAUACCAUAGGUGAUCACUGCAGGUCUGGUACAGGAAAAAUAAAGAACAUUUAUUAACUAUUUUGCUUUAAGACCAGCAAAGGUGUUAUUAUUUUGAAUGUAUUCAUUCAUGUUUUUUUUGGGUAAUAUUUUAGUUGUAGUAGGACAACAUAUAUUUCUUAAGUUUCUUUGCAAUGUCACUGUCAUGCUCAGACUUUAGAUGUAUGUCAGAACAAUUGAAAGAUAUGUGGAAAUCCAAGAACCUUGUUCCAUUCAUAAAUGAACACUGAUUAAUUGCAAUAAAGUAGUUAAAUGAUU